AUGCUAUUAAUUUCAGGUACGAAAGAUGAAAAUGUGGAAAAACCCGUGGAAACGAUGAUGGGUCACGGCGAUGAUGAAACGUUACAACCAAACGCGAAUAAAGGUUUUAUCACGUUUAAAAAAAUCCGAGAGGAAUUCCCUGAUCUCGUUAAAAAUAUACCCGUGCACGGGUCUAGAAUACCCCCGGGUAAUCCAUCCUACGGAUUGGGUAUCGGUACCUUGUUCAACACUCUUUUGGGCGGCGUACAUUCACUGUAUCAAGAUUUACUCAACAGGCAACAAGCAUUCAUAAAUCUUUUGACGUGCGGUAAUUGCGUCAACGAAGGAUGGGAUGCCAUCGUCGACGUGGCACUAACCGUACCCGAACUCGAAUGGGUUUACAAACCCUCCGACAAAUCUCCCACGACGUUUUUCACGGCCGUUCAUCAAAAUGGUACCGUGACGGGUAUCGGAGGUUCGGUUGUCAAUGGGAGACCCAUCGCCGAAUAUGCAUUCGGUAAUGACGGUAUAAAACGUUAUCUCACGGAAAAACAAAAGAUAAAAUCAUCCGGAUAA